GAGCAGAAUGGCGCCUACGCUCCCCCAGCCUGCUCGUCCUAGGUGUGAAGUGUUCACUUGGCGGAGGAAACACUAACACACAUUGGACCCUGUGCAAGAGAAAGCAACAUAAGGGUCCUCAAAGCACCAUGCCGCACAACAUCUCAGGCUUCCAGGCUGUCUACAUCAUCAUAGAGGUGCUGAUUGCCCUUGUGUCCAUACCUGGGAAUAUCUUGGUGAUCUCGGCUGUCAAAGUGAACCAGUCCCUACGGGAUGCCACCUUCUACUUCACUGUCUCGCUGGCAGUUGCAGAUGUUGCAGUGGGAGCCCUUGUCAUCCCCCUUGCCAUCAUCAUCAACACUGAACCACGGAUAAAUUUCUACAGCUGCCUGAUGGUAGCAUGCCCUGUCCUCAUCCUCACCGAGAGCUCCAUCCUGGCCCUGUUGGCCAUUGCUGUGGAUCGCUACCUCAGAGUGAAGAUUCCAAUGCGGUUCCAGUACACAGCAUUACAAAAUUCCUAG